GAGGUUUGCUCUCCGCCCGGCUUGCACCGCGGUGUUUCCCGCGCAGGCUACUCCAGUCCCCGGCGUACGGCGCGGCCAUUCGUACCGCCGCCGGCGCCGCCGCCGUCAUGGGUUUCCUGAAACUGAUUGAGAUUGAGAACUUUAAGUCGUACAAGGGGCGACAGAUUAUCGGACCAUUUCAGAGGUUUACCGCCAUCAUCGGACCCAAUGGCUCUGGUAAGUCAAAUCUCAUGGAUGCCAUCAGUUUUGUACUGGGCGAAAAAACCAGCAACCUGCGAGUAAAGACCCUCAGGGAUCUGAUCCAUGGAGCUCCUGUGGGCAAGCCAGCUGCCAACCGGGCCUUUGUCAGCAUGGUCUACUCUGAGGAGGGUGCCGAGGACCGCACCUUUGCCCGUGUUAUUGUUGGGGGUUCCUCUGAGUACAAGAUCAACAACAAAGUGGUCCAGCUACACGAGUACAGUGAGGAAUUAGAGAAGUUGGGCAUUCUCAUCAAAGCUCGUAACUUCCUCGUCUUCCAGGGUGCUGUGGAAUCCAUUGCCAUGAAGAACCCCAAAGAGAGGACAGCGCUAUUUGAAGAGAUCAGUCGCUCUGGAGAGCUGGCCCAGGAGUAUGACAAGCGAAAGAAGGAAAUGGUAAAAGCUGAAGAGGACACACAAUUUAAUUACCACCGCAAGAAAAACAUCGCAGCUGAACGCAAGGAGGCCAAACAAGAGAAAGAAGAGGCUGACCGCUACCAGCGCCUGAAGGACGAGGUGGUGCGAGCUCAGGUCCAGCUGCAGCUCUUUAAGCUAUAUCACAACGAAGUGGAAAUCGAGAAGCUCAAUAAGGAGCUGGCCUCUAAGAAUAAGGAGAUCGAGAAGGACAAGAAGCGUAUGGACAAGGUAGAGGAUGAGCUGAAGGAGAAGAAGAAGGAGCUGGGCAAAAUGAUGCGGGAGCAGCAACAGAUUGAGAAGGAGAUCAAGGAAAAGGAUUCAGAAUUGAACCAGAAGCGGCCUCAAUACAUCAAAGCCAAGGAGAAUACCUCCCACAAAAUCAAGAAGCUGGAAGCAGCCAAGAAGUCCCUACAGAAUGCUCAGAAGCAUUACAAGAAGCGCAAAGGUGACAUGGAUGAGCUGGAAAAGGAGAUGCUCUCGGUGGAAAAAGCCCGGCAGGAGUUUGAGGAACGGAUGGAAGAGGAGAGUCAGAGUCAGGGCAGAGACUUGACCCUGGAGGAGAACCAGGUGAAGAAAUACCACCGGUUGAAAGAAGAAGCCAGCAAGAGAGCUGCUACUCUGGCCCAGGAGCUGGAGAAGUUCAAUCCCCCUGGUAAUGGAGUGUAUUUGUCUCUCUUCCAGGCCAAGAUCAAGCAAAAGCUGCGGGAGAUUGAAGAGAAUCAGAAGCGGAUUGAGAAACUGGAGGAGUACAUCACAACUAGCAAGCAGUCUCUAGAGGAGCAGAAGAAGCUAGAGGGGGAGCUGACAGAGGAGGUGGAGAUGGCCAAGCGGCGUAUUGAUGAAAUCAAUAAGGAGCUGAACCAGGUGAUGGAGCAGCUGGGGGAUGCCCGCAUCGACCGCCAGGAGAGCAGCCGCCAACAGCGCAAGGCAGAGAUUAUGGAAAGCAUCAAACGUCUAUAUCCAGGCUCUGUGUACGGCCGCCUCAUUGACCUCUGCCAGCCCACACAAAAGAAGUAUCAGAUUGCUGUAACCAAGGUUUUGGGCAAGAACAUGGAUGCCAUCAUCGUGGACUCAGAGAAGACAGGCCGGGACUGUAUUCAGUACAUUAAGGAGCAGCGUGGGGAGCCUGAGACCUUCUUGCCUCUUGACUACCUGGAGGUGAAACCUACAGAUGAGAAACUCCGGGAGCUGAAGGGGGCCAAGCUGGUGAUUGAUGUCAUUCGCUAUGAGCCACCUCACAUCAAAAAGGCCCUGCAGUACGCUUGUGGCAAUGCCCUUGUCUGUGACAAUGUGGAGGAUGCCCGCCGCAUUGCCUUUGGAGGCCAUCAGCGCCACAAGACAGUGGCCUUGGAUGGGACCCUGUUCCAGAAGUCAGGAGUGAUCUCUGGUGGGGCCAGUGACCUGAAGGCCAAGGCGCGGCGCUGGGAUGAGAAAGCGGUAGACAAGUUGAAAGAGAAGAAGGAGAGGUUGACAGAGGAGCUGAAAGAGCAGAUGAAAGCCAAGCGGAAAGAGGCAGAGCUGCGCCAGGUGCAGUCUCAGGCCCACGGGCUGCAGAUGCGGCUCAAGUACUCACAGAGCGACCUGGAACAGACCAAGACACGCCAUCUAGCCCUGAAUCUGCAGGAAAAGUCCAAGCUGGAGAGUGAGCUAGCCAACUUUGGGCCUCGCAUCAAUGAUAUCAAGAGGAUCAUCCAGAGCCGAGAGAGGGAAAUGAAAGACUUGAAAGAGAAGAUGAACCAGGUAGAGGAUGAGGUGUUUGAAGAGUUUUGUCGGGAGAUCGGUGUGCGUAACAUUCGGGAGUUUGAGGAAGAGAAGGUGAAGAGGCAGAAUGAGAUCGCCAAGAAGCGUUUGGAGUUUGAGAAUCAGAAGACUCGCUUGGGCAUCCAGUUGGACUUUGAAAAGAACCAACUGAAAGAGGACCAGGAUAAAGUACACAUGUGGGAGCAAACGGUGAAAAAGGAUGAAAAUGAGAUAGAAAAGCUCAAGAAGGAGGAACAAAGACACAUGAAGAUCAUAGAUGAGACCAUGGCCCAGCUGCAAGAUCUAAAGAAUCAGCACCUGGCCAAGAAGUCAGAGGUGAAUGACAAGAAUCACGAGAUGGAGGAGAUUCGUAAGAAACUGGGGGGCGCCAACAAGGAAAUGACCCAUUUACAAAAGGAGGUGACAGCCAUUGAGACCAAGCUUGAACAGAAGCGCAGUGACCGCCACAACCUGCUACAGGCCUGCAAGAUGCAAGACAUCAAGUUGCCACUGUCCAAGGGCACCAUGGAUGAUAUUAGUCAGGAAGAGGGUAGCUCCCAGGGGGAGGAUUCUGUGAGUGGUUCUCAGCGAACUUCCAGUAUCUAUGCACGAGAGGCCCUCAUCGAAAUUGACUACGGCGACCUGUGUGAGGAUCUGAAGGACGCUCAGGCUGAGGAGGAGAUCAAGCAGGAGAUGAACACACUGCAGCAGAAGCUGAAUGAGCAGCAGAGCGUGCUGCAGCGUAUUGCUGCCCCCAACAUGAAGGCCAUGGAAAAGCUGGAAAGUGUCCGAGACAAGUUCCAGGAGACCUCGGAUGAGUUUGAGGCAGCCCGAAAGCGAGCCAAGAAGGCCAAGCAGGCAUUCGAACAGAUCAAGAAGGAGCGCUUUGACCGCUUCAAUGCUUGUUUUGAAUCUGUGGCCACCAACAUUGAUGAGAUCUACAAGGCCCUGUCCCGCAACAGCAGUGCCCAGGCAUUCCAGGGCCCUGAAAACCCUGAGGAGCCCUAUUUGGACGGCAUUAACUACAACUGCGUGGCUCCUGGCAAACGCUUCCGGCCCAUGGACAACUUGUCAGGCGGAGAGAAAACUGUGGCAGCUUUGGCCCUGCUCUUUGCCAUUCAUAGCUACAAGCCGGCCCCCUUCUUCGUCCUGGAUGAGAUUGAUGCCGCCCUGGAUAACACCAACAUUGGCAAGGUGGCCAACUACAUCAAGGAGCAGUCGACCUGCAACUUUCAGGCCAUUGUCAUCUCUCUCAAGGAGGAGUUCUACACCAAGGCCGAGAGCCUCAUUGGAGUCUACCCUGAGCAAGGGGACUGUGUGAUCAGCAAAGUCUUGACCUUUGACCUCACCAAGUACCCAGAUGCCAACCCCAAUCCCAAUGAGCAGUAGCAGUUCUGCCCUCCCACCCUAUCUGGAUCCCUAAGCUGCCCAUCUGCCAAUCUCUGGAUAUUUGGCUUCCAACCUUCCCUUACCUCCUCUCCCUGUUUGCUAUUGUCAUGGGAUUUAGGCGCUGCUAUUGAGCACAAAGAGGAACAGAGGUGAUGUUAAGUCUGGAGCAAAAACUCCUGAGCUACAGGGAGCAUCCUGGCCUCUGUAAGGAGGUGCUGAGCUAAACAGGGCCAUUGUCUAUCCCCUCCCCCGAAACCUCGCCUUCCAUCGGCCCAUAAUCAUGGGUCUGUGGGACCCCUUGCAUUUUGCUUGUGUGUGGGUAUGUGUGUGUACAUGUGGUUGUAUUUGCAAAA